AUGCUUCGCUUCGUCCUCGCGCUCGUGGCUGCGGCCCAGUUUGCCGUUGCCAUUCCCAAACACAAGAUUCCUCUACCUUUCUCUAGUAGCACUCACAACGUCCAAUUCUGCGUCCGGCCUGAGGAGUUCGUGGUCAAGAAUUUCCAGAUAUGGACCCCGAAGCCCGGCAACAACCAGUCUGCCACCAUCGACUUUGACUACGCCGACGAGAAGGUGAUGCCUUAUAUUAUCACCAAAUGUCACUUCAACGAGACCUCUGUCAACGUCGGCCCCAAGGGUAGCACCCCGCGUUACGCCUGUGAGAACAAACUGGUCGAGUUCAUCUGGUCGGAGGGCACCCUCACCUUGAUUGAGAGGGUCUGUCCGCUCGAGGAUCAGAACGUCCCGUAUGAGGCUGCCGGCUGGGUCGAACCCAACCUUCAGUGCUCCACCAGUACAAAGAAUGACAGCCGCGGCGCAGGCCACGCCUGUUCAGCAAAGCCCAGCGUCCUGGCCGCUGAAUUCACCAGUUUGGAGCCGACGCCAAACUAA